AUGUACGCCGGGUCGCCGAAUACAAACGCACAAAUUGGAAUUGAAAAAUCGACAACGGCCGUGAUAUGCGGUCCCGAAAGAGACGACCCGAACCGCGCAAUAUCCGCGGCGAUUUUAUUAUUCUACGUUAUAAAACGUACCGAUACAUUGUCCGACGCACUAUUGACAAAACGCAUUGCCGUAAUAUUUAUCGACCGCGAACGGUACGAUAAUAUUAUCGCCGGUGUUUCGGAAACGCAUCGGAUAUCCGUACACUCGAACGCCAAGGGCGCAACGCAAGGCGCUAUCGACGGGUCCUUGUCGGCGAUUGUUGAUAAUAAAUUAUCGCGAUUUCUGGUACCUCCAAUGUCGUUGACGAUCACUCCGUGGUAA